UCUCGCCCUGCCUCACCGAUCUUCACAGUGACUCAUUUCCUUCACUUCACCUCCACACCUGCCUGUCGUGUGCUGGUUGAUCAGAUCGAGCAAAAGCUUCCGCAGCCAUCACUGUGCACUUCAAAUUGCUCCCCUCCCUCGAGCUCACUGGCAUCAUUAUCAACUUUCACCUCCAUCGCAUAGCGUGGGCAGCUCGAGGUGGCAGAGCUAUCGACACCUCCAACAUGUCUUCCAACACAGACAACCAGAUGACGAGGUUUCUCUUCGCCAUCCUGAAGCAGAAAAACUUGAAAGAUAUUGACUGGAAUGCCGUUGCCCAUGAUCCGAUACUGGCACAGCCCAUCACCAACGGGCAUGCUGCUCGCAUGAGAUACUCUCGUUUCCGCUCUGCGAUGCUGGGCCUCGAGCCCCAGAGACGCAACAGAGCCGCCGCAGCGAAUAAGAAUCGGGUCACGAAAAGUAAAAAGGAGCAGAAGCCGCCCAAAAAGGAGGAGGAUUCCGACAACGAGCGGGUCAAGCCCGAACCAGGGACGCUCGAGUCGAUACGCCACCACGCCGAGGCCCGUCCCAGGUCUCCUAUCAGAGUCAAACAGGAACACCACAAAACUUCCUACCGGCAACAGUUUACACCAACGUCCAUGGCGUCUCCCACCGCCACGGAAUGCCAAACCACCUUCCAGCCGAGAAUGCUCACUCCCUGCAGCGACGACAUGUUCUCGGCACCGCAAAACUUACAGUUCAGCCCGUCCGCCACCCUCAUGGGUGCUCACCCGACCUUCGAUCUCCCCCAAGCCAUGUCCUGUGCCCACGAUCAAGACCACCGCCAGCACGACCACGAUCACAACGCCUGGGCCCCUAGUCCAAUCUACUCAGCCUUUGACGCCGCCUACGACAUCGAGGGGUUUGGGGUCGGUGUCUUGUGCGAUCACCAACAGGUCCAAGGGCAUAAUGACGAUAUGAACGGGUCGCCUGCCCUUGGCUCCCUGAUGCCGGAACACAUGCAUAUCAAGAACGAGCACUGGGACGCUCAGUUCCACUCUUAAUACGCGAACAGUAUCUAGUGACUAAGUCCGUGCCAGCAUAUUGAGAAGGUCAUCUUAUACGAAGUCGGGUUCAGGUUGAGGGGGAAAAAUUGGUUGUCUCACAUUAAAGUCGC